AUGCCUCUGCCUCUCCCUGAUGUGCAGAAGAGCUCACGGCUGAACCUGGAGCCCACCCCCGCCCUGCCGCCCAGACGCCCCCCGGACCCUGCAGAUGGCAGCAGUCAAGCCCAGGUAGUCUGUUCCAUCUGCCUGGACGUGUUCCGUCAGCCGGUCACCACAGCCUGCGGCCACAGCUUCUGCAUGACGUGCCUGCACAGCUUCUGGGACCACCAGGCCAGUCUGGGCGAGACCCUUUCCUGCCCGCGCUGCUGGCAGAGCUUCCCGGCCCGGCCGUACCUCAGCGAGGACGUCCUCCUGGAGGAGCUGGUGGGCUCUGGAGGCGGGGCCGCGGGGGCCUCGCGGGACCUCGCGCCCUGCGGCUUCUGCGGCCCCCAGAAGCUACAGUCAGGCCCGCAGGGUGAGGCCUCCCGGGACGACAAACACCUGCUCGGCCACAGCGAUGACCAGCUCCUCAGGGACCACCAGCUGCUGGAGCCCGCGUGCCCCCAGCACCGCCAGCUGCUGCAGCUCUUCUGCCGCACGGACGGCUGCUGCUUGUGCCACGCAUGUCUGCAAGAGGGGCACAAGGGCCACGACACCGUCCCCAUGGAGGAGGAGCGCGCCAGCAAGGAGGCUGAAGUGCGGAAGGAGCAGGCCAACGUGGGGAACAAGAUGCUGAUCAUCUCCGAGGAUAGCCAGCAGCACCGUGGGCGAGUGGCCGCACUCUCGAAACUGGUCCGCAUGGCCCGAGAGGAGGUCAACAGCUGCUUCCUGGACAUCAUCCAGGAGGUCAAAGAGCUGCAGCUGAGGGUCCUGGACUUCCUGGAGCAGGAGAAGCUGGAGUCCCUCGGGCAGCUGGACAGCUCCAUCCAGCAGAGCCGUAACCGCCUGCGACAGCUGGAGGAAGAUAGCCGUGGGCUCCGGGCACUGCUCGGCCACCCCAGCAACCACGAGUUCCUUCAGGCGUUCCCCAGACUCAAGCAGAGCCCUGAGUCCCAGGCCUCAUUGCUGGGCAUCAAGUGUGAGGACCAGGAGAGCUUCCCGCAGCUGCGCGACACCUUGGCAGAGCUCCGGAGAGGGCUGCGGGAAACGGGCCUCAGUUUCCUCAACCAGCUGCUGCUCAAGGGCAUCAAGAUGAGCUGUUACGAGGUGCUGCCUGGCCCUGUGGACAGGAAGACACUGAUGCAGUGGUACUGCAACCUGAGCUUCGACCCCAGCGCGGCCAGCGAUGAGCUGCUGCUGUUCCCGGAGGCGCACUCGGUGCUGAACCUGGGCGUGGUACUGGCGCAGCGGCCCACGGGCCCCCUGGGCGGCUUUACGCAGUGGCCGCAGGCACUGUGCUCGCCAGGCCUGUCCGAGGGCCGCCACUACUGGGAGGCCGACGUGCCCGACGCGUGGGUGUGCGUGGGAGUGACCGCGCGCCGCGCGCCCCCCGCAUCCCCACGCCGGCCCGUCGUGUGCCUGCUGGGCCGCAACCCCGACUCGUGGUGCCUUGAGUGGGACUCGCUCGAGUUCGCGGCGUGGACGGACAACACGCGCACGGCGCUGCGCGGCCGCUACUACCGCACGCUGGGCGUGGCGCUGGACUGCGCGGCCGGCUGCUUGUCCUUCUAUGGUGUGGCCGGCGGCGUGGACCUGCUCUACCGCUUCCUGGCCGCCUUCCCGCGGCCGCUCUACCCCGCCGUGAUGGUCAGCGGCGGCGCCUCGGUCACGCUUAGGCAGCGGCCGGACGUGCCACAGUAG